CCUUCAAAGUUUGUAGCUACAGGCUGAUACUAAGAAAGAAGAAGAGACGGUCAUUCUGCAUCCCCUCUGCCACACACUUUCUGAAGUUUCAUAACUUUGCUGUAUCGUCUGUAUCACCAUGAAGAUGUUUCCUGUGUGUGUGUUUGUUUGUGCUGUGAUGAUUCUGACCCAUGCUGCUGGUGAGUAUUUUCUUCCUGAAGGAAGGACUGCAACUAAUCAAACAGUCAAAAGGCACCUGGCCAAGAGGUCCUCUGAUUGUCCUGGAGGCUGGACUCUGUUGCGUGGUCGCUGCUUCCUCUAUGUUCCAGGACCCAUGACAUGGGCUAAAGCAGAGAAAAACUGCUUGUCCAUGGGGGCCAACCUUGCAUCUGUGCACAGCAUCACAGAGUACCAUGGGAUUCAGCACAUGAUAAUGACUGCCACUCAUGGCAACCAAGAAACCUGGAUUGGAGGAAGUGAUGCACAGGAGGAGAAUGCCUGGUUAUGGACUGAUGGAACGGCUUUCCACUAUUCUAACUGGUGCCCAGGAGAGCCCAAUAAUUACGGGCGCAACCAGCACUGUCUGCAAAUUAAUCAUAGCGGUUCCAAGUGCUGGGAUGAUAAAGGGUGUCAUGAACAUCGACCUUCUGUUUGUGUUAAGAAAAUAUGAAAUAUCUAUCAAAAUACACACUGUUUGGUGUGCAAUGACUUUUGUUUUUCAUUCUUCAUUUGGCUUUACAAUUUUUGUUUCAUCUUUUGUCUCUAGCAUAAAAGUUUAGCAACAAAAUAAAAAAUCUGUGUCAUGAAUAGUGGCACUCCCAACCCUAGUUCUAAACCGUAGCUUAAAUUUUCGACUAAAUUUUCAACUGUGGAAAAGUAUAAAAAGUAUUGCUCGUCUUUGCGCAUCUUUUCUCUGUAAACUCUUCCUCCUUUGCAAUAAUAAAACUCUCAAGCAUG